GCUAGCUUCUAAUGCAUUAAGAUGCUGGCCAGGGUUGGUAUAUAGUAGCAUGUGGAGGUGACAAAGGUUGAGCUUGUGUAGGAGGUCGCCGUACGCUGCGGGGUAACGCCGGUGACAAAUAGUGGUGGCCGGCCGCAGACGGUGGUUCUAGUGAAAGCACGGCGGGGCAAUACGACGACGUCGAAGACCAGUGGGGGGAGCCAAGCAACACAUGCACAGCACAACUAGGCUCUUCAUCAUCAGUUCCAACACCUUAAUGCUCCCACUUGGGUCACAAGCUGCCGGUGUUGGAGGAGUCCGCAUAUCAAAUCCAUAAGAUUAGGAUCACUCCCUCCUCUAAGAAUGUCCAGAAUCUCAAAAAGGGUACAAACACUUGGGUCAGAUUUGAGCUGCGUGUGCACAAGAGAGUCAUUGACCUCUACAGUUCACCUGAUGUGGUCAAGCAGAUUACCUCAAUCACAAUUGAACCCGAUGUGGAGGUUGAGGUUAAUUGACCAUCAAGAAAUUCUCUUGGCUGGACUUUGGGGGGUCAUUACAGUUUUGCAAAUUGCUACAAUGUGGCAGAACUUAUAGAAACUGAUCUUAUUUUAACUAGUAGCACUCCCACAGAAGACAAGCUUCAAGAUGGAGUACGGGCUUGCAUAGAUAUUCUACAAAGAGCUGGCAUCAAGAUGGAUAUCCUUUAAUAUAACAGAAGUGCAGACUGCUCAAUAGCAUAAAUAGGUAGUUGACUUGCGUGAUAGGAUUCUAUAACAUUAGAAGCCAUCGUUCCCUCUCGAUUGAUGAAUAAUGGUCCUAGCUACUAUUUCUAUCUAAGAUGGUGUGUUUACAUUUUGCAUGUGAGAUUACUUUCAUUUGGCAUGAUUUAGUGAAUACACUAAUGGUUUUGAGAGAAGACAAUUUUUUAUCUCUAGGGUGGCAUGGCCAAUAAACUAUACAACACUAUUGUCCGUGUAACUAUCAGAAUUUAUGAAGGUACUAUUCUGUUCAUCUUUCUGUAUUUCCUAAUGCUAGUUCUGACUCAUAUCCUGUUUUGCUAUAGGAAUUCCCAUUGGUGAUGUUUUCCCUGGUUCCACAAUUUCUGACCAUGUUUUUCGGUUUGACAACAUAUCACUGGUCAACUUUUGCUUUCAUCUUUGCGAUACUGCAUAUAAUAUCUGCAACUUAAAAGAACUGUCAAUCUAUAUCAUAUUAAUCUUUUUCUCCCACACUUACUUUAUAUGUCUCUUGAGUAUGUGAAACUUUCUAUGCUCAAGCUUUAUUAGAUGUCAUUGUGCUUUCUUUCUUUUUUGUGUGAAUUACAUUGGUCACUGGUCAGAUAUGCCGACCACAGUCCUUGUGUCUCUGGUGCUCACAAUGCUAUAGUGACAGCAAGGGUUGGGAAGGACCUUGAAUUUGCAUUGCUUAACAAAUUCUUAUUGACCUUGCUCUCUGAUUUUGACAGUAUUGGUGAUGUCUAGCCCAACUUCCCUGCUUACACGUUUUUCUUUGACAUGUUUAACAAUUUUCCUGGCAUAGUGGCUUGGACUUCUGCUAUUUUCUUAUCAUAUUUCCUUGUUCUGUUUUUACUUUUUUUUGAGAUCUUCUCUUACUUUUUGUGUUGUCACUCACAAUGCUUUUAUGAUUUCAGGUGACAACCAUUUGUAUGCUAAGCUAGUAGUCAUCACAAGUACUUUGUUUUCCAAAUUAUCCUAAAAUCAUCUCUAAAUUUACUUUACACUGUUUAAUCUAUCAACAUUUGUGAGAAAUCUAAGGUAGCACUUGGCAUGCAAAACAUAAUAGACCAGAGCCAUUUGUAUGCUAAGCUAGUCACAACUCACAAGUACUUGGUUUUUCUAAUGACCCCGAAGUUAUCUCAAGUUAACUUCACACAGUUUAAUCUAUCAACAUUUGUGAGAACUCAUAGUUAGCAUUUGGCAUGCAAACACAAUAGAAUAGAACAACUUGUUUUCCUAAUGUAUUGUUUGAUUUUUUUAGUAGCUCUUGUACCUGUGAUACAGUUUCACUCUUGGUAGCUCUUUGAACAUUCUGUGAUGUCAUCUUUUUAAUUAGUUAUAUACGUUUCUAAGAUAAUUUUAAAAAAUGAUUAGUAUUUAUGUUAGAUAUUGCCCCAGUUCCCUACAAGAAAAGUUCUUUAAUAAUUUUUUUUCUUAUUAUUUGCUACACUGAAUUCUAAUUGCACAUGCUUGUUGUGAUAUGUAGGUUAUGAUAUGUCUCAGCUUUUCAAAGGAAGGACAUGUUUCAUUCCCACAGUAUACAGCUUCAUAGAUUCAUAUAUAUAGACAGCUAAAUCCAUCUUCUAUAAUAGAUGUUGUAAUCCUUAUAUUUCUAUUAGUCACUACACCAAUUUAUAUCAUAACAUGUUUGAGGAUAAUUUGUGCAUUGUUUGGAUGAAAGUCAUAGAAGAAUACAGGCAUUCCUCCAAACAACACAAUGGUCAUUUCAGACAUGUUUCCUCAUGUGAACCUGAACCAGCAACAGCAAAAUCAGCAACUUCACUUAGAAAGGAAUUUCUUUGGUCCAUGGGUGGCUGUAGCAGAAAUCAAUCUUCUGAAUCAACCAAAUUCCCUGCAUCAUCCUCUGAAACCAGAAUUUGAAGGGAAGCCAUUUGUCUCUCAAUUUGAUGGUGAUAGAUUCAAUCAAGCAUUAAUUGCCUACUUCAGGGAUCCUACAAUUAAGGAAAACAUCUGUUUUAAUUUCGUGGCUGCUGCAACAAAUUGGUGAAGAAGGUUUUUUUUUUCGCUAGUAAGAGAUCAUGAUCUACAGAUACCUGAACAUUUGUGAAGCUUUCAUUUUGUGUUUUUUAUUCUAGUCCAAUACAGUGAAGGGUAUUUUUCCUUAAUAUUUGAUGCUAAGUUUAAAAGCAAAAAGAGUUUGAAUGUGUACUGAAGCCUUUUAGUGUUUACUUAUUCUAGACAAUGAUGAUGAUAUUGAUGAGUACUUGUACUUGGCUUUUUUAUGGUUUAUUUUGAGUUUGAA